GAAGUCAUGACAAGCGAUGGCGCCGAGAAACGACAGAGACGACGAAGAAGCGCAAGAGCCCGCGGCCGGGGCAGCACAAGGGUCCACGGAAUCUCGCGAGAAACUUCACCACGAGCUGUCAGCUGUGGCAUCACACUCCCGUGUAACAGCUGCCGUCAAGAUUCGGUUGAACCGAGGAGUCACGCUCGCAGGGAAUUGUUGUCGAGCAGGCGGAGCUCGAAAUUGGGGCCUCUGGACUCGAUUCGAUGAUGGUGGUGGUGGCAGUGGUGCGUCGGAAUCUUGUGGGCAAGUGGGGACUCGCUCUGCACUGUGCUUCAUCAUGCCCGUCUCCCCGAAGUGAUUGAAAGGGGUGGGUGCAUUCGCCGCAGAAGCUUCUGGUCCGUGGGUGGUGUCGGUGUUGUUCCGCCUCCUGGAAGUUGAGGAGGCCAGGCAUCGCAAGGCGGGGCAAGGGCGAGGGCGAGGAUAAGCUUUGCUUUGCAGGGCGUGCAUGUGAUGCGGGUCUCACUCGCGUCUGACGAUUGAUGCCUGUUUGAAGCUCUCGAAGCUGAAUCUGUCCUUCUCCUCCACAUUUCGUUUUGGGCGAGCAGUCAACAAAAAAAUUUGAGCAUUGGGUCUCACAAGAAUGGCGUCGACUCGUUUUGGUCUCGAGGCCUGCUUCUCGCCGCUGUCGCUGUCGGGGAGGAAACGGAUUGGUGUAGACAGAGUGGACUGCCAGGGGAAGGUUGCCAUCAAAUGUUCGUCAUUCCGGAUAGCGAAGCGCAAUUCGUGGAAUUUGGAAGCAAGCAAAUUGGGAUCAGUGCAUUCUGCAAAUUGGCUAGCUGGUAAAAAAGUGAGCCUCUGGAGCAGAAAGGAUGAUUGGUCUCGAGCAGCUGGCGGGGCUUCCUCGCAAGUGACGAGUGUGGAGCUAGGAGAAUCUCGCAGAUCCAGCUCUGGUGUGAAAAAAAUCAUCCCCAAGAUAUUGCCGGAGCCGAAUAAGGUUGUGUUGGAAGCUUUGGGACGGGUGUGUACAGGGCCGCUUCAAACCAGACCUUUGGAGGAAGAUCAAGCAUUCCUUACGCUUCAUACCAUUCUGCAGUCAGUAAAGGGUGAAUUGCCAGAAGAGGAACGUCCAGUUUCCGCAGCACAAAUGGGUGCGUUUUUUGGUGCCAUGACGCUGCGCGCAAAUUCUUUUCCGGCACCCACGCAAUGGAGUGAGGGCGAAAGAAAGGCCUUGAACGAGUUAUGGCCGUCAUUAGUACAACAUCUUCCUGAAGAUGUUCUAUUUCUAGCCGACCCCGAGGGCACGAUAUUUGGAGAGGUUAGUUCUAAGGGGCCGAGAUUUCAAGGUCGAGGGCCUGCUGAAACGAGAUUGGUGGGCGCUUUGAGAGAAGUGCUAAUGGGCGGGCAUUUGGGUUUUGAAGAGGUACUUGGUCUUCUCAGAGAUAUUCUUCCUCUCAAGAGGUAUGAUGCGGGAGCGGACGGAGUAUCUCAUGCGUUGGUUGGAGCAUUUUUGAUCGUUCAGAGGAUGAACAAAGAGACUGAUCGAGAGCUGAAGGCUUAUUGCAUGGCCUUCGACGAAGAGUUGGGUCCUGCACCCGUAGCUAAUGUGAAGUCCUUGACACAUUACGGUGAGCCAUAUGAUGGUAACACUAGAUUUUUCCGGAGCACUCUUUUCGUAGCAGCAGUGCGUGCAAGUUAUGGAGAGUCCUGCCUUCUUCAUGGCAUCGAUUACAUGCCUCCAAAGGGUGGCGUAACAGAAGAGCAGAUGCUCAAGCAUUUAGGUGGAGCCACUAAUCUGAUGCCUAAACAAGCAGCUAAGCUAAUUGAGGAUCAAAAGGUUGGGUUCGCGUACUUGAGUCAGCGUGAAGCACAACCUUCGUUGUACUCUCUGAUCGAUCUACGGAAGCACAUAAAGAAGAGACCGACAUUCGCUACAACGGAGAAAGUUCAACACUACAUCAGGGCAACUGGCAGGGAAGCCAUGAUGGCCGGCUUUUACCACGAGGGUUACGAAGACCCUCUUUUGAUGCUUAUACGCAGACGAAAGGUUGAUGCAGGUCUUGUGAUCAAGGGUGAGGAAGGGGCCUUGUCGCUUACAACAAAGACACGUUCACCUGAUGCCUCAAUCAAGGGUCGACCAGUAAAUUAUUGUACAGGUUUCCGACCAGUGAAGGGUUCACUUAUUGCUGAAAAUGACGAUGGUCUUUCACGAGAACCCUUCAGCACGGAAAUACAGGCCAUUGACUACGGAUUUGAACCUACCCUCACACCAAGGACGGAUCGAUCGGUCGAGAAAAAUGUUGAACUUGGAAUGGCAGCAUUGCGAGGCGAGACAGGUCCUGCCUAUGAUCGAAUCGUGUUGAACGCCGCUAUGGCUGAUCAUUUGCUAGGUUGCGAAGGUGCAAGUGAUCCACUAGUCGCAAUCGAGCGAGCGAAGGAAGCGAUUGACAGUGGAGCUGCUUUAAAUCACUUGCUAUAUUACAUCGAAAGAAGUAACAGGUUGUCGUGAUCCUGCGCAUGGGAGCAGACGAACCAGCAGCCACCAGAGUUGUCUAGUGGUCUAUUGAAUCUACAUCUGAUUGAUCAUGACAGCCGUGAACAAGGACAAAUCGCCACUACAAGCAAUCCUUUGUCCUGUUAGCCUGUCGUCCCGACGUGCGAAUGGAGUGCCCUUGAUGUUCCAGAGAUCCCUGUCGCAGGUCCCGGUUGCACAACGACAUAUAUCUUUGGACAGCCUCAGUGACAUGUGAAGUGCACUGUCAUAACACUGAAUCCCACGUCCGCCCCCAGACGCCAUCGUGCCGAGUCGCAUGCCGCAGAGUUGCCUCUGUAUUCCAUUGUAUACGGCUACCUUUGGAACCUUUCUCACUAUUUUAGGCCAGUAGUUUUUCAAAAUCUCGGAGAGACUUCAUUUUUGUCGGAAUUGGCAAGAAAGAUUUGUCAUUUUGAUCAUCUGGUCCAAUCUGGCCAAGCCACUGAGGCCUAUUAAUGAUAAUCAUGUAAAGUAGAAGUGACACCGUUGCUAUUGCGACGUACUUUUCCUCAUGAAAGGCCCGGUCAGUGUGUCAAGGUGAAUGAUUUUGUUGGUUGGCUGAGCCUUUUGGCCUCUCGAGCUAAAGGAGCUCUCAUUGUGGAAAGGACUUGAAUAGUGGAAUUUGUGUUUUGUUUAAGAUGUUGAUCCCUGAAGAGGACAUAGCUCAAUUGAGGAUUUCGUAGUUUCCUGUAAUUACACACGAUUGGCCUCGAUCCCCAACAAUCGAGCUGUCUACGUGUUCUUGUUUGCCCAACGAUCGAAGUAAAAUUUAUAUCAGAGC